UAAUAAUUCAUUACAUUGCAAAGGGGAGUGACGCAGUUAUUGUAGAUCUGUAGAUGCUCCAUGCUUUUUUAUAUGACCUGAAAUUAAAUUAUUUUCUGAGUCGUGGACGUAAAAAUCAUCAUUUAAAAAACUCCAUAGAAGAGUGAUUCCUGCUGUCAUCUGGGGGCUGUAUGUCGAAGCUCUGCACCACUUGAAUUUUGAAUGCCAUUCCGGUUAGAGGUUGCGGUAGACCCCGAGGACUAGAUGCGAUAACCAGGAGAAGAUAUGCCGCAGCCGAAAUCACGAAAAAUCGCCAUCCUCGGGUACAGAUCCGUAGGAAAGUCCUCUUUGACAAUUCAGUUUGUGGAAGGCCAGUUUGUGGACUCCUAUGACCCAACAAUAGAAAACACAUUUACUAAAAUGAUCACAAUAAAUGGACAAGAGUACCAUCUUCAGCUGGUAGACACAGCAGGACAGGAUGAGUACUCUAUCUUCCCACAGACUUACUCCAUAGAUAUCAAUGGUUACAUUCUGGUCUAUUCAGUUACAUCUAAUAAAAGCUUUGAAGUUGUACAAGUUAUCCAUGAAAAACUAUUGGACAUGGUGGGAAAAGUUCAAGUACCAAUUAUGCUGGUCGGAAACAAGAACGACCUACAUAUGGAGCGAGUAAUCAGUUGUGAAGAAGGAAAAGCCUUAGCCGAUUCCUGGAACGCUGCCUUCAUGGAGUCCUCAGCUAAAGAGAAUCAGACGGCCGUGGAGGUUUUCCGGAGGAUGAUCCUGGAGGCAGAGAAGAUGGACGGCGGCGUGCAGCCAGGAAAAACGCCCUGUUCCAUGAUGUAGAGCCGCCCAAUCAACACACAGGACACUGCACUGGGAUAUCCCGUUACUUGAAGGCUAGCUGCCAGUUCUCCUCCACCUCAGCUGACUCCACCCCUCCAGGGUCCUAAAUAUCCGAUACUGUCUAUUUAUGGCUCUGACUCCACUGUUAUUUAUUAGUAUUUCCUAUUUUCUUUGUGUUUGAUAAAAAAAGGAUGAGUGGCUGUUCCCUUGUCCCUUCCCUUGUCUCAUAUUUCCCACAAUCUACCCCACCUCCGUCUCUGUGCUUGGCACUGAUGCAAAACACAGAACUUCAUUUGGGUGUAUCAGAAUAAAUGUUUUCUUCUGCUCGGUAAUAACGACUACCGUAACUAAGGCCAGAGAUAGUAGUGGCUUGAUGCAUCUUAGCUUCUCAUUAUGCAGCUCCCAUAUAUACUGUAGGCAACGAGUCCUUCUCUGUUUUAAUAACAACAGAUAAGAGAAAUGUCAUGUCUGCAAUACAUACGCUCUGAAAAUGGAUAAGUAAACAUGGACAUUUCUUCUGAUACAUCACCAGUUGUUUGGUCCUUCCAAUAUAUACAGCUCUUUUCUACUUCAUCUGCACAAAGUACCCACUUCUCUGUCCCUCAGUUUGUUUUCAUAGCGGUCACUGUCAGCCAAAAAACUCUGCAUCCAUUUUCUAAUGUUGAAAAUGUUGUACAAAUGUUUUUGAUUGUAAUCAUUAAAGCAAAAAGUGGUUAUGUAAA